GUGUGAGGUGACGAUAAACGCGGGGUUUUUUGUCGCUCUUUUUCUAAAAACUUUCCGUGAAAUUUUGCCAGCGAGCGGUUCGAUAAUUUUAAACGGGACUCGUAUCAUAUAUGAGCAACCAGAAGUCUGCUCUCGCCUAACCGCGACAGGCGUCAUUGAGAGCAGCGAUUUUGCAUUCGCCACCGGGGAAGAUUGCGUCAGCCACGCGGGCCGUCAACACGGCUUCCAGAGACCUGGGAAUGCGCCGGUGAUCAGCCGCUAAUUAAGUUUGGCAAAAUCGGUCCUGGUGACUUUUGGAACUCUGGUACCUCUGCGACAGAAGACAGAAAAAAGUGAGAGGAGGGAGAAGAUCAUGGAAGUUGAAGAGGAAAUGCUGGACGACGAAGCAUACAGUUUGUUUCUCUUCAGGGACUUCAAAAAUGUAGUAAUUGCUCCAUCUACAUACUUGUCCUUUCCCACAAACUCGAGACCUAUGUGCAAAUGGCCCGACAGCUGCAAAUCAGAUUUUGAGUUCCAAUCAAUGAUCAAGAGACACCCAAUUCCAAAACAGCCUUGGGAAAGCUAUGAAGGGAAAGUGAUCAAAAGCGAACUGACUUUUGAGCAGGCCAAAGUACUACUGCCUCAAGCUAAGGCCAAAGUAAAAGACUUGUUGGCCAAGAAAUUGGCAGUAUCAGACGCUGAUUUUGGCGCAAGUGAUGCAGAGCAAAAAGGAAGGGGAGCCAGAACAAAAAAACCUGCCAAAGUAUUUUCACCAGCAAAAGUGCCUAGGCUGUCAUCUUCUGGUGCAAAGUCUCGUAGAGAUGCCCUGCCGAUUCCUCCUUCAAGGGAACCCUUGCCUAGUCCUCCAUUGCCAAAGUCUCCUGAUUUUCCCCUGGUCAGACUUGCUGAUUCCCAUGGCAAUUUGCCCAGUCCUAUUCAAUUGUCUGCUCCUUCGUCUACUGAAAAAGACAACGAAAGUUCUCCAGUAAUUAUCACUAAACAACGUAGAAGUACGGUGGAUAAUAAUUGCCACAAUUUUGAACUGAUGGAGAAAGUCAAGAGAAGAUUGCAAGUGCAAUUAGAGAAUUCCAACAAAUCUGGAUCUCUGGUAAAAUCAGGAGCAGGCCCUGUAAAAUGUGAUGGCAAUGCAACUAGCAUUACAAAGAAAGUGACAACUCCGCCAAAGAAAAGUGUCCAGCAUCUUCCCUCUGUGUCAUCGCCCAGUGGGCGUUUUUUUGUUGCCUCAGCAGAUAGAGUCGUAAAAGAAAAGCCCAGACACGAAUUUCCUCUGCCAACAGAAGUUUUUCAGAAGAUUGUGAUUGAGUCUCUAGCUAGGCUGGAAGAAUUUGUUCAGAGAAGAAAUCCCACUGGUACUCUCAAAGUUAAAGAGUGCAACAACAAGACCAUGGAGGACCUGGCCAGCUUAGGCAUUGAACUUCCUCUGGCCACAACAGAAUCCUUCCAAAAUCUUGAAAAAUUGUUAAGUGACAUGAAAAUCAGAGUCAAAUUUGAAGACAUUGUGGUAGAGAAAAUGAAAAGUAUGGGAGUGUCUGGCAGCAAUGACGUCGAUCGUCUAAAAAGUGCUUUGGAUGCGAAAAUAAUGCCCUGGCUCUUUGCCAGUUCUCUUACUAUGGAUGCCACAAAGUGUGGAACUAGACCUGGCAAAGUGGGCAUGAAGCACACCAAGUUUAUUCAGUCCCUUGGAAACGCUUGCAGAAAAUGCCAUAAAGAUUUAUUUGAUUCGAAAGUAUCCGAUGAUAGUGUAUUGUUAGUAGUUGGUGAAUUCUUGAGAAAGAAGGGCUCAAAGUUUAGAACUGAAACACAAUUUAAGAAAAAGGCUGUAAAGAUGAGCAUCAACAAUACUUUGUCAACCAACCCCGAUGACUCUUCCUGUCCGACUCCCGAGCAAAGCCCUACCCCACCUCCUGAAGUGCCCAAAACUACACUGAAAAGGAAGUCCGUUGAUGGAUCUGAGGAACCUGCCAAUUUGUGGAUGAGUGCUACAAAUGAAAGACCAAAAAGAGUUUUGGUUAUAUCAAGAAAGCCACUUUACAGGGAGCUCGAUCCAAGUGAUGAAGAUUUAGAGUUGUCGGAUGAGGAGUAUGUACCACUGACUGGAGGAUCUGGAGGUGUUGAGGACGAGCUUGAUAUCAGCGACUCGGAUAUUUAAAAUUCUCUAUGUAGGCUGCCCAUGGAUGCUCGUUUCUCUCCUCAUCGAUGAGAUCCGAGAGAUUUAUACUUGAAACACAUCAUAUCUGAUAUGAAUUAAUAAUUGAUCAAGGAUUACCAAUAAAAUGUUAAUUGAAC